UCGUGUUUUCGAUGCUCGAGGUGUUAAUAAUAGGUGGAGGCCCUCACGCUUUGACCCUGGCCAGUCUGCUGUCCGGCCCUGACCCUGAACCUGAACCAGAUCCAGAUCCGGGCUCUGACCAUGGAGGUGACACUCAGAGGUCCCAGUCGGGCCCUGAAGUGCCUAAAACCAGACUCUGCAGCAGGAAGAAGAGGAAGGCAGCGGCUGGGGGUCAGUCGACGAGGGAUCAGCGGGCAGAGGUGAACCCGUCGGUUUGCCCCCCGCUCAGUGUCCUGGUGGUGGACACAUACGGGGAGUGGGCUGCUCUGUGGGACAGCCAGUUCGCUGCUCUGAGCAUCCCUCACCUGCGCUCACACACCUUGGUCCACACAGACCCUUUCAAUAAGAAAUCUCUGCAGGAGUUUGUUCUGAAACAUGAGCGUUCAGCGGAGCUCCGCAGCCUUCCAGAUCAGAUCCACAUCCUGGAUGAAAACGCGUUUUUCAACGACGCGCGUCUCGGCAGGAAGGAGAGGAAACGUCUGAACGUCAGCUCCACCCUGAAGAAGAGUUUAUCAUUCAGCCUGCCAGGAACCAAACUGAGUGUGGACUUCUUCAGACAUCAGGUGAAGAGAUACAAGCUGGACCGGAUCCUGCAGAGAGGAACGGCUGAGAGAAUCCUUCCUGUGACCGAAGAACAGGGAACAGAGCGGAAGAAGGUCAAACACUUUCAAGUCCAUCUUCGUGAUGGCAGCAUCCUAAAGGCCCGACGGGUCGUCAUGGCAACAGGUCCAACCCGCGCGCAGAUGGCAAACAUACCUGCAUGGGUACAAGGCAUCGCAGAAAUCUACCCUGAGGAGCGUCUGCGGCACACAGUUCAUCUGAUGCACCAGCUGCUGGACUCAGAGCAGAACCGUCAGGGACAGAACCAGUCCUGUUCUGGACCAGGCAACCAGUCCUGUUCUGGACCAGGACUCUACGUAGUGUGUGAGGCAGGACAGAGGGUGUUGGUAGUUGGUGGAGGUCUGAGCAGCGCUCACAUCGUCUCACUCACUCUGCAACAGGGGGCCAGCCACGUGACGUGGGUCAUGAGAAAACACCUGCAGCUGAAACAGUUUGACGUUGGUGACGUAGAAAGCCUGGUGGGUCGUUACUCUCACGUAGAGCACGGCAUCAAGAUGGACGGCCAGGCCUACCUCCGGCAGUUCUACAACGAACGCAGUUUACACAAACGUCUUAAUAUGAUCCGCCAGGCGAGGAAAGGAGGAGCCGUCACCCCUGAGGCCUACAUCCACCUGCAGCCGUUCAUCCAGAACCAACAGGUGGAACUGAAGACGUUCUGUCAGGUGAGUGAAGCCAGCUGGUGCUACAGGAACCAAACCUGGAACGUGUCCCUCAGUUCUGGGGACCACUGGACAGGAGACAUGAUCUGGCUCGCCACUGGCUGCAAACUAGACGUCAAACAAGACCCGCUGCUUUCAGACACAAUGAAAGAGUUCCCAGUUCAGGUGGUGGACGGAUGGCCCUGCAUAUCAGAGAGUCUGCAGUGGACAGACGGAUGUCCUCUCUACCUGAUGGGGCAGUACGCAGCUCUGCAGGUCGGACCUCACGCUGUCAACCUGGCAGGUGGACAGGCUGCCAGCAGGCGGAUUGCUGAGGACAUAGUCCAUGGUCAGAAGCAGGACAGAGGACAGAUCUCUGACCCAGCAGGAGGCAAAUCCAGAACUGAAGACUACAUCCAGCAGAUGCAUGGACUCUUCUGGCUUUAACAAUAAAGUCAACAGCACUU